AUGACUCCGAACUCCGUCCUCCAGCCCUCAGAGGCCAAAACUGCUGGCGGCUGGUUCUGUGCUUACCCGCCUUGCUUCAAGUGCCGACAGGCGCCUCCUCCUGUGAGGGAUCUGGCCUCGGACCUGGCGGCGGCCCUGGCGACGAAGGUGCCCUCCGACGAUGAGGAGACGACGAGCUUUGACGGAAACGCCGACCUGAAGCCACGACGCGCGGAUGGCCGGCAUGCGUGCGUCAACAGGCUGGCACUUCAGAACUUGGCCCACUGGAGCCGCGUCUACCGCGCCCACCGCUUCCGUCACCACCAGCAGACCGCGGGGCUGACAGGCCUGGCCUGGCGCGGCUGGCUGCGGGAGCUGCGCGCCGCGCAGCGCGCGGAGUGGGAGAAAGCGCAGCGGGCCUCGGCGCGGCGGAGCUUCGUGGUGGCGCGGAGUGUCUUCGAGUGCUGGCUGCACAUCCUGCAGCGGGGCCGGGAGGUCAAGGUGCUCGCCCCGGUCCUGGCAGACUGCCUGCAGGACGCCCUGGAUGGCCACCACCUGCGGAAGAAGUACCUGUCCUGGCGGCGCUGGUGUGGCUUCUUGCUGCAGUGCCGGGCGGCAGAUGACCAGGAGCUGCUGCUGUUGUCCUUCCGCUGCUGGCAGCAGAGCUCCGUGGAGCAGCGCCACAAGCGCGGCGUGCUGCUCCUCUGCCAGCGCUAUUCCAGCGUGCGGCUUAAGCGGAAGAGCCUUUUUGCCUGGCGCGGGCGCUUGCAGCGGCUCACGCAGGUCUCGGAAUCGGUGCUGCACUGGGCGGCCCGCCUCGCCACGGCCUUGGCGCACAAAGUGCAGCUGGCCUGGCAUGACACCGCCCGCCGCAGGAGAAGCAGUCGGCAGGCGGAACAAGAGCUUUCGCUGCGAAGGCGCUCGCGGCUGGUGGGCUCAUGGCGCCUGCUGCUGCUGAGGAAGGUCACGGCCAUGGGCGUGGCGGAGGCCGUCUUGCUGAACCGGGCGCUGCGAUGGAUGCGGGCCUGGCAGCAGUGGGCCUUUGCUCACGCCCGGCGGAGGGAGCGAGACGAAGUCAAGCUGGCCAUCGUCCGCGAAUCGAGGAAGCGCUGGUGGGUGGAAAGAUGGUGCUCUGCAGGUCGCUUCCAGCGCCUGGUGGAUGUGGCGCAGCGCUGGGACGGACAAGUGCUGUGCCGACAGCUGGUUCGGAAGGCUUUUUUGGCCUGGUCCGCCGUGAUGGGCCUUUACGCCUGCGCGGAGAAGGCCAAGAAGCUGCCGCUUCCUGAAAGGCCGCCCAGGCUCCUUUUGGGGGCCGCUUUGCCCUUGCUGCGGCCCUGUGCUUUCACCGCUGGUGCAGGGCGCCGCUCGGUGGCCCGCAGGGCGGAGGGCGGCACCGCUGUGAUGCCCACGGAGGAUGAAGCUACUGAACUCCUCCGCAAGAAGAAGGAGCAGACACUGGAGGCCAUCCAAAAGGCAGCAGAGCAGGAUGCUCCGGUUGGUGAGGAUUUGGGCAAGUUUUGGGUGAACCAGCCGGGCCAGCUCUCCUUCGAAGUUCAGUUCAACCGCGGUGACCAGGUCAAGGACCUUAGAAAGGUCAUCGAGAAGGUCACUGGGAUCCCGCCAGAGGCCCAGGAGUUGAGGGGCAAUGGCGAGCUGAUGUACAAAGACGGGCAGAUGCUGGAAGCCGUGGAUCUCUCCGACAUCUGGGUCAUGGACGAUCGCGACGACUCGCCAGAGCGGGGCGAGUGGAAUCCCGAUCCGGAGGAGGACAUGGACCUGUUGGCCAACCCCUUCAAGAUCGGAGUGUACAUCUUUGCCAUCGUCCUCUCAAUCUUCUGGGUGACGCAGGUGGCGGGCGUGAACCCCUACGGCAAGUGGCCCGAGGGCCCUCGCCUGGACUGGUCCCAGGUCCCGGAAGACUUGCGGCCCGGGGGAAACCCCAUCCAGAUGCCUCAAUCGCUGUCCGUGGGCGCGGACGCUCAGGAGAAAAUGCUCAAGGACCGAAAGAAGAGCCAGAUCUGA